UUUAUUUUUUAAUUGUAGAAAUGGAUUGACUCACUAACUAUUGAAGUAUAGUUCCAAUUUAUUAUCAUGUGGGUAUAUAGUGAAUGGUUAUAACUGGGGUGUAGGGGCCUAGGUUACCACAAUGACAAGGUUUUAGGUGAAAAAAGAAAAGACGAAAAGACUUAGAUAUGUAGAAUAGUAAUUUAAAAAAAGAUUAUUGAAAAGAAAGGAAAGCGUAAAGGAGGGUUGAAUAUGAGGCGAUAUUUCUCGGGGGUGAGAGAGAAACAUGGUUGAUCCCUGUGGGCCAGGUUUGUCAUUGCAAUAAUGAGAAAAGAAAAAAAGAAAAGGUAGGCCCACUAAGCUUUAAGUGAGAUAAAUAGCGCAGAAGCAGGGUUGUUUCACUUCAAGGGGUGAAAGCAGUGUAUGUGUAUGAGAUGUUAAUGGAUAGCAGUGGUCGGGACUCGGGGAUGAGUUCAGAGACGCAACGAACUUCAAUCAGCAACGAAAGCGUGUGCAGCACCAGCUUCAGCUUCAGCUUCAGCCGCCUCUCCUUCGACCUCCCUCCCUCCACCUCCUCGCCGGAGAGCCUCCUCGUCAAGCCCCACCGCUCCUCCGACUUCGCCUACUCCGCCAUCUUCAGGCGGAGGUCGGCGCUUACGUUCCGUGACUUCCACCUGCUCCGGCGCAUCGGCGCGGGGGACAUCGGGACGGUGUACCUGUGCCGGCUGCGGUCCGAGGAGGAGGAGGAAUUGGUGUACGCGAUGAAGGUGGUGGACAAGGAGGCGGUGGCGCUGAAGAAGAAGGCGCAGAGGGCGGAGAUGGAGAGAAAGAUUCUGAAGAUGGUGGACCAUCCUUUCCUCCCUACCCUCUAUGCGGAGUUCGAGGCAUCGCAUUUCUCUUGCAUUGUCAUGGAGUAUUGUUGCGGUGGGGACUUGCACUCCCUUCGACACACCCACCCUAACAACCGCUUCCCUCUCUCAUCUGCUAGGUUUUACGCGGCUGAAGUACUGGUGGCGUUGGAGUAUCUCCACAUGCUGGGAAUCAUCUACAGAGAUCUAAAGCCGGAAAACGUGUUAGUGAGAUCAGACGGUCACAUCAUGCUUUCUGAUUUCGAUCUCUCCCUAUGCUCGGAUGCAAUCCCGGCCGUGGAAUCCCCUGAGUGCUUCCCACGUGCGUUACCCUCCACCCCCUUCUCCUGCCUCUCCAACCGCGUCUUCCGCUCCCGGAAGCUCCACAGCCUUCAACCGAAGCGUCUGUUCGUGGCGGAGCCGGUGGGGGCCCGCUCCAGCUCCUUCGUGGGGACGCACGAGUACGUGUCGCCGGAGGUGGCCUCCGGGAACUCCCACGGCAACGCCGUCGACUGGUGGUCCUUGGGGAUAUUCAUGUACGAGAUGCUGUACGGUCGCACACCCUUCGUGGGUCCAUCGAACGAGGCCACGCUGCGCAACAUCAUUAAAAAGCCCCUCGCCUUUCCCACCGCCACGCCCUCCGGUGCGCUUGAAAUGCACGCGCAGGACCUCAUCUCAGCCUUGCUCCAGAAGGACCCCAACCGCAGGCUUGGCUCGAAGCGAGGCGCCGCCGACGUCAAGAACCACCCUUUCUUCGCCGGACUCAACUUGGCUCUCAUACGCAUGCUGACGCCGCCCGACCUUCCCUCCCUCAGACGCCACAAAACCACCCCCGCUAACGAUAACACUAGGUUAACGCCCUUUGAUUACUUCUGAAAAUCCCUCCUCUUCAGUCGGUGCCACCACAUUUUAUCCCUCGCAGUGGCAGUGGCAGUGGCAGUGGCAGUGGCAGUGCCGGAUGACUUCACUUGUCUCUAUAUUUCUGUUUUUUUUUAUAAUUAUAAUAUAGUUUCAAACUUACUUACAUUCAAUUCAACUAUCCUUUCACUUUUAUCUAUA